GAAACAGGCGCAGAGAGAUCGGCCCAGGAGGACACCGGAGGGGAGCGGAAAAGGCGGGAUUAGAACCCGGCUCCUCCGCCCCCGUCUCGUCUCCAGCGCGGUCCGAGAACGGGUGUGAGCCCGAGAGCCACGGGCUGCAGCGCUGGAGCCGCGUCGCCCCCUCGCGGGGCGAAAGGAACACGUCCUUCGUUCCUAGACCCGGCCCAGACGCGCAUGCGCCGAUCUUCCUCCUCUCCCCUCCCCUCCCCCCGGCUUCCUUCCCUUUCUGCUCCUUAGCGCGGCGGAGUGUUACUUCCUGUUCCGCCGUGGACGCGCACGCGCAAACUGCUUUGGCAUCUCGGCGUGCCCCGGAAGCGGAAGUUGUGCCGGGCCGGGGAACACCGAUAGCGGCGGCGGCGGCGGCGGCGGCGGUGGCAGAGAAUGAACGCGCCUCCGGCCUUCGAGUCCUUCCUCCUCUUUGAGGGAGAGAAGAAGAUCACCAUUAACAAGGACACCAAAGUCCCCAAUGCCUGUUUGUUCACCAUCAACAAGGAGGACCACACGCUGGGGAACAUCAUCAAGUCACAGUUACUGAAAGACCCUCAGGUGCUGUUUGCAGGUUACAAAGUCCCCCACCCCCUGGAACACAAGAUCAUCAUUCGGGUACAGACCACUCCAGACUACAGCCCCCAGGAAGCGUUCACUAAUGCCAUCACAGACCUGAUCAGCGAACUCUCCUUGUUGGAGGAACGAUUCCGGGUUGCUAUCAAAGACAAACAAGAAGGAAUCGAAUAGUUCUUGCUGUCCUUCCCCUGCAGUUUUGACUUCCAACUGGUAUGAAAAGUUAAAUGGGGGAAACUUUCUUAUUGCUUUUCUCUUCGGCGUACAACUCCUGUAAUUUCCUCAUAAAAUGUAUUUCUUACCUCUCGA